AUGGGUCGUAUGCAUGCUCCUGGCAAGGGUAUUUCAGAUUCUGCUUUACCCUAUAAACGAACUGUUCCAUCAUGGCUUAAAUUAACAUCCGAAGAUGUUGUUGAUCAAAUUUGCAAAUUAGCUAAAAAAGGUUUAACACCAUCACAAAUUGGUGUAAUUCUUCGUGAUUCACAUGGUGUUGCUCAAACACGUUUUGUAACUGGAAAUAAAAUUUUACGUAUCAUGAAAGCCAAAGGUCUUGCACCAAGUAAACCCGAAGAUUUACAUCAUUUAAUAAAAAAAGCUGUUGCUAUUCGUAAACAUUUGGAACGUAAUCGUAAAGAUAAAGAUUCCAAAUUUCGUUUAAUUCUUGUUGAAAGUCGUAUUCAUCGUUUGGCACGAUAUUAUAAAACAAAAAAAGUUUUACCACCAACAUGGAAAUAUGAAUCAUCAACAGCCGCUGCUCUUCUUGCUUAA